ACAGCGAGAGAGAGCGCGAGAGAGAGGGAGAGAGGUUGUGGUGUGUGACAGACUAGCAUCACAACAGUAACACGCAUCUGCUAGUGGCGAAUUCAGUAUCACUCCCACAGAAUCCCGAGGUCUCAUUCCACACCCUAUUGAAAUCAACACAGCUCGGGAAAUGAGGAACCACAACAUUGUCUGAAGAUGGCAAACUCCACGGCUUCCUAUGACCAGCUGGUCUACCAGGUGGAAGCUCUCCGCCAGGAGAAUUCCCAUCUGCGGAGAGAGCUGGAGGACAACUCCAACCACCUGUCCAAGCUGGAGAACGAGACCACCGACAUGAAGGGGGUUCUGAAGGGGCUGCAAAGCAAACUGGAGCUGGAGGCUGGCACUUUGGCCUCUUCCGGGAGGACUGAUGUGCUGGACCAGCUCAAAGAGUUGCACAUGGACUUGACCAACUACUAUGAGCUGAAGUACCAGCCGCAAAACAUGCGCGUUCUCCCAGACAGUCUAGCCAGUCUGGCAGCUCAGUCGGGUGACAUGGACGAUUGUCUGGCCUGCUUGCCUCCCUCCUCCUCCAGAGCCAGGAGCCCCCUGCGGCCUUCAUCCCGCCAGAGCUCCUCUCUGUCUGGGGAGGGCACGGCUGUGAACCCUGGAGCCCUGACCAAAGCCAUGCUGGGAGACAGACGCAUCACGGCCCAGCAUCUGGAAGACCUCUACAAAGAGAGAACGAUGUUGCUAAGUGAGAUAGACAAGGAGGAGCGGGAGCGUCACUGGUACUACAGCCAGCUCCAGGGACUGUCUCAGCGGCUGAACCAACUGCCACGCAUCGACACGUUCUCCAUACAGAUUGACCUCAUUCGCCAGCAGCUGGAGUUUGAGGCACAACAGUUGCGUUCUGUCAUGGAGGAACGCUUCGGAACCAGCGAUGAAAUGGUCCAGAGGACACAGAUCCGUGUGGCUCGUCUGGAACAGCUGGAGAAAGAACUACAGGAGGCCCAGGAGUCCAGAGGCACCCAGGAGAAGAGCCUGUGUGAGAUCUCAAGCUGUGAAAAGCAGCCUAUUCCCGAAACUGAACAUGCGUUGACUGCUUCUGCUCUGGAUGCACAAGGAGAUGGAAGCAAAGUGGAGAUGGUGUUCUGGCUGCUCUCCAUGCUGGCCAACCGGGACAAGGAGGAGAUGUCCCGCACUCUGCUGGCCUUGUCCAGCUCCCAAGACAGCUGCAUCGCCAUGCGCAAGUCCGGCUGCGUUCCCCUGCUGGUGCAGAUCCUGCACGACGGCCCAGGGGGCGCCGGAGAGUCGGCCAGGAGUGUAGCAUGCAGCCGGGAGGCCCAGUCCAGAGCCAGCACUGCCCUGCAUAACAUAGUGUACUCCCAGCCCGACGAGGGCCAGGCCCGGCGGGAGAUGAGGGUGCUGCACGUGCUGGAGCAGAUCCGCUCUCACUGUGACAGCGGCAGGGACUGGAUUGAGAGCCAUGUGCGUACUCCCUCUCCUGGGGGUACUACAACCACAGACAUCCCUGAGCCAGUGGAGCCCCAGAUCUGCCAGGCCAUGUGUGCUGUCAUGAAGCUUUCCUUCGAGGAGGAGUACCGAAGAGCCAUGAAUGAACUAGGAGGGUUGCAGGUGGUUGCAGAGGUGAUGCAUUUGGACCAGGAGCUGUACGGCAUGCAGAACGAUCCCAUCAAUAUGGCACUUAGACGCUACGCGGGAAUGGCACUGACAAACCUUACUUUCGGAGAUGUCGUCAACAAGGCCACUCUCUGCACAAAGAAAAGCUGCCUGCAGGCCAUUGUCACCCAACUUGCAUCUGAUAGUGAGGAACUACAUCAGGUAGUGUCGAGUAUUCUUAGAAAUCUGUCAUGGCGUGCAGACAUCAACAGCAAGAGGGUCCUUAGAGACGUGGGGAGUGUAACAGGAUUGAUAACCUGUGCUCUUCAAGCUACAAAGGAAUCCACCUUGAAGAGCCUCCUCAGCGCUCUGUGGAAUCUGUCAGCACACAGUCCUGAGAACAAGGUGGCCAUUUGCUCAGUAGAUGGGGCUCUGGGCUUCUUGGUCAGCACCCUCACCUACAGAUGUCAGACCAACUCACUGGCAAUCAUUGAGAGUGGAGGUGGCAUCCUGCGUAAUGUGUCCAGUCUUGUGGCCACCAGGGACGAUUACAGGCAAAUCCUCAGGGACCACAACUGCCUCCAAACGCUGCUACAGCACCUGCGCUCCCACAGCCUGACAAUUGUGAGCAACGCUUGUGGGACCCUCUGGAAUCUCUCUGCCCGCAGUCCCAAGGACCAGGAACUGCUGUGGGACCUGGGAGCGGUCAGCAUGCUGCGCAACCUCAUCCACUCCAAGCACAAAAUGAUAGCCAUGGGAAGUGCCGCAGCUCUACGGAACCUGCUCACGAACCGGCCCUUCAAGUAUAAGGAUGCCGCGGUCAUAUCCCCUGGUUCCUGCAUGCCCUCACUCUACAUGAGGAAGCAGAAAGCACUAGAGGCUGAACUAGAUGCAAAGCACCUUGCGGAGACAUUUGAUUCUAUUGAAAAAAAAAACUGUGCCAAGCAUCCAAGCAUCAACAAGCCACUGUGGCACAUCGAGAGCCUGGCAAAAGAUUAUGCAUCUGACUCGGGCUGCUUUGACGAUGAUGAGGCCCCUAAUGUCUCCAGUAGUCUGGACACAGGGAGUUUCUCCAUGCUCUCCAUGUUCCUGACCAACUCCAACUUUCUUCAAAACCAGCUUUGCAAGAAGGACAGUGAACCGGAGAGAGAUGUGGAGCCACCACAGACAGAGGAAAAGAAGCCAGUGCCUCCAGAAGAUGAGGUGUCUGUUGCAGCAGAAAAAUUAGCAAAAAAGAUCACCAACACUGUGGCUAAGAUUGAUAAGCUUGUGGAGGACAUUACCAUGCAUACAUCUUCGGAGGACAGCUUUAGCCUUAGCUCAGAGGACCGUUUUGCAGACCUGCCCUAUGGAUCAGAUGAACUCCAUGAGGCCCGGGCCAAAUCAUGCUCCCCCUGCCGCCUCUCUGAUACCAGCAGCUAUGCACACAGAGAACGUCUAAACAGAGCCCAUGCUAUCUUACGUCUCAAAACUACCCAUGCAAGUUUGUCCACUGACAGUCUGAACAGUGGCAGCACCAGUGAUGGCUAUUGUGGUAGCAAGGACCAGAUUAGGCCCUCAGCGAGACGGCCUAACAAGCUUGAUCUUAAGGUGGCCCAUCAAGAAUACCUUAACGUCGGAGCUCAUGUCCUCAAUGAGACAAGUCAGAUCGACGUACCAGAGAGAGAUUCUGUGGACAGCAAAAAUGUGAAAUUGCCUGAUCUUAAUAGCACAGAAACAGAGAAGAGCCAAGCGUUGCCCCCUCAAACACCAGCUAGCCUAUCAACUAAAUUCUCUUCUGAUGUCAGCAUGACUUCCAUAAAGCUGUCCCCUUCUUAUCAACAUAUCCCUCUAAUUCAAAGUGUCGCUAAGUUUGGUGUUGCAAAGACUGCCAUCAAUGUACAUGCAGCUCAAACAAUGAGGAGACAAGCCUGGGUCCCAACUGUGAUGACUGGGGGGAGUUUAACCAAGUUUUCUCCAAUGAGCUCUGCUAGAAGUCCUACCAUUGGACCAAUGGAGACACUGCAGAAGUAUUCAGUGGAGAACACACCAAUCUGUUUCUCCCGUUGCAGUUCCCUGUCCUCCCUCUCCUCUGGUGAUGAAGCUCUUGACGGGCAGAGUCAAAGUGAGUUGGAGAGUGACUCAUCACUUGAGAUCAUUGAAGUGGAAGAUGAGGAUCUGGUAAAGAGGGAGGAGGAGAAUGAGACCUUGGAGGAUCUUAGUGAUAGCCAACUGCUAGUCACUGAUUCAAAAACCUGUCAAAGCCUUGGGACUGAUCCAAUUGAAAUUCCCUGCCCAACCAAACAUGAAAAGGUGUUCCUGAGGGGUGUCUCACCAGGCAUACUUGAGGACAGAUCACCUUCAAGUUCGUCAGAGAACUACAUCCAUGAGACCCCACUUGUGAUGAGUCGUUGUAGCUCUGUCAGCUCACUGGGUAGCUUUGAAUCUCACUCAAUUGCCAGCUCCAUACUAAGUGAUCCAUGCAGCGAAAUGAUCAGUGGGACCAUAAGUCCAAGUGAUCUUCCUGACAGUCCAGGGCAAACCAUGCCUCCCAGUCGAAGCAAAACUCCAUGCUUUGCUGAAUCAAAUGGUACAGAAAGCCAAAACGCCGGGACAGCAGGGCAGUGGGAAAGCAGCUUGCGCAAGUUCAUGGACAUUGCAGACUUUAAGGAAAGGUUCAACCUGCCUCCAGAUUUAGACACCAUGAUCUACUUUACAGUCGAAAAGCCGACAGAGAACUUUUCAUGCGCCUCUAGCUUGAGUGCUCUACCUCUUCAUGAGCACUUCAUUCAGAAGGAUGUUGAACUGAAAUUGACCCCCAUACUCCAGCAAAAGGACAACAAUUCAACAUCCCCACAGGCUCAGGGAGAGCCAGAUGACAAUGAGCAUCCUUCCUUUAUGGACCAAGGGGAAAGAUAUAGUGAGGGCAAUUCAGAUGACGAUAUAGAAAUUCUCAAAGAAUGCAUCAAUUCAGCAAUGCCCUCCAAGUUCAGGAAAGUAAGGCCAUCCCUGAUCUCCACCUUACCCACCCAUGUUCUAAACUCACAAACCCGAAAACCUAUACCUGUUUAUAUGAUGGUUCCUAACAAUGCCAAUCAAAUGUGCUCAGGGAGAAGGAUUGUAAUGCAACAAAAGGACUUAUAUCUUGAUGAUUCCUCAUAUACUGAUUCUGCCGAGGGCACUCCCGUAAACUUUUCCAGCACGACAUCGUUAAGUGACGAAACACUUCAGUACCCAGUGAGGGACAAGGGGGCAAAAGAUUGGAGGGUAAGAAAUAUGAACAAACAGGAAUUGUUGGAUCAAGAGGCAAAGAGAAUUGAAGACCUUCGGGUUUUCUCGCACUUCCACAAGAACACUAAAAUGACCAGUCAGCCUGACAUACCAGUCAAUCAAAUCAACAGGUCAAUCAAACAUGUCAUUCCCACUCAAAGAGUACUGAUGCAGAGCAAAGAGGUGGCUGAUAGAGUGGCUAACCAGAGAAAGCAUGAUCAAUCAUCCAUUCAACAAAGACAAAAGCAGGGACAGGUCCUGACAAGGAAACUGGAUCUGCCUAUCAUAAAGCCAAACACAGAGGGGAACCAAAAUCAGAGAGCACUCCAGGGGAACAAGGCUUUUCAGUCCAUCCGCUGUCCCACAGAGGAAGCCAUUUACUGCUUAUACAAUGAACAGACAGACAAAGAGGAGGGAGUGAUUAAAAGGGCAGGGAAAAAACAGAUGAGAGAGUCCAGCAAGAACACUCUCUCCCGAAGUAUGACUAAUAUUGGUCGGAUUGACAAUUCCCAGACAAGAUCCAAAGGUUUUAAUAGGAUCAAGCACAAACUAAUAAUGGACGAAACACCCCCAUGUUAUUCUCUUAGUGGAUCUCUUAGCUCUUUGAUUGAUGCAGAAUUUGAGGAACACCAAUCAAAAGCCCAGCAAAUAUGGGUGAAAAACAAACACAACAAGAUAUCUAACCAGGCCCAACAAAAAAGACCAAUGCACAUCCACAAUCAGUAUGAGGAACAAAGCUCACCAAGUUCAGUCAGUAUGGAUUCAGAGGAUGAUCUUCUGCAAAAAUGCAUAACAUCUGCAAUGCCCAAGCAGAGGAAGAAGCUUUCUGCAAGAAAGAAAGCAGAGAAGAAGCAGAAACAAAGAAACGUCAUGCAGAAUGUGGCCAGUGGAUGGAACAAAGAACAAGAAUUUGACAGUGAGGAUAUGGCUUCGGAUAAAGACUCAGACCUCAACAGUGUUGAAUGGAGAGAAAUACAAGAAGGCGCUAAUUCUGUUGUCACACGGUUACAAGCAUCAAAGUCUCAAGAACCGUCCUCUGAAGAGACCGAAUCUGUCCUCUCUUUUAUGUCUGGAUCUAGUUUUACUCCUAAAGAAAAUAAGAUCUUUAAGGACAAAAAAGCUAACAAACCUCUGGACUUUAACCAACGUAAGCCAGUUCCAAAUCUGCCAGUGGUCUUCAGAGGUAGAACAGUGACAUACACCCCUAAGAAAGAGAUCAAUCUCUCACAAAUACCUCCUCCUAACAAAAUGUCACCCAAGACAGAUGCUCCAAAGAAUCCAAACCUUGCUCAACAGAGGUCAAGGAGUCUCCACCGUUUGGGACAACCCCGUGACUCCACACAGUGGUGUUUGCCGAAAAGAAGCUCAACCCCACCUCCGAGGAUACCAAAGAGCUCAUCAUCUGGAUCAUCUCAAAGCUCUACUCCAUCGAGACAGUCACCGAAGAAAAUAACCUUCCCCUCACAAACUAGUCAAUCUGUUUCCAAAAAAGAUACCACACCAGCAAGUAGUCCACCUGAAAGGAAUGGACGUUCCACUGUUCCUUCAAAUCCGACCCCAAAAUCUCCAGCACACAAAACACAGAAGUCACCUGUCCGAAUACCCUUCAUGCAGAAUGCAGCAAGACAGUCCAGAACUCUAUCACCAUUGGUAACCAACCAACCCACAAGUAUCAGCAGGCAAAACAGUCAGGUGGCAGGAAAAAGAAUACCUCCAGCCAAUCGCGUGACAUCUGUCCAUUCAAGCUGCAGCGAAUCUGACCGCAAUGGGUUCCUGAGGCAAUUGACCUUCAUCAAGGAAUCAAAGACUAUGAUGAGACGUGACGGUCCGUCCUCACGCUCUGUUCCUACCUCGCAGCAUGCAUCGCCCAGAAAAACAAUCCCAGGUGCUCCUGCAGUCUUCCUCUGCUCAUCUCGAUGCCAAGAGCUAAAGGCAGUUGCUCAGGGUCCAAGAAGGAUGCAAGAAAGGGGGCCAGGGCAAAGGCAAGAGUCAAGGCAGGGGCUACAAAGGCAGACUGUGACUCUGUCCAGAGCCUGCUCUAGUGACCGAGACCUCUCAACCAGGCAUCCAGCCAGGAGAACCAGCUCAGAGAGUCCCUGCAGGUUGCCUCAGAGGAACAUCUCUGCAACCAAGCAGCAGGAAAGAGACACAAUCAAGCACCAUUCCUCAUCGCCCAGCAUUAACAUACUGAGCAGAGUAACCAGCCGUUCCUCCCUCCGCUCCUCGUCCUCUGACUCAAGUGGGCGAGCCAAGAGUGAGGACGAUACAAAUAAGAAGCAGCAGAGAACUGGAUCACGUCUCAAUGACAGAGUCACCUGGAGGAGAAUUCGGGAUGAGGAUGUUCCUCAAAUCUUGAAGAGCACUCUGCCAUCUACUGCACUGCCUCUGUUGCCUGUUCCUGAAGGUCCAAAACCUAAACCACCGGCACUGCCAGGGAAACUGCCGACCAUUUUACUUAAUUCAAGAAAGACAAGCGACGCCACAGUCCAAACAGAGGAUUUCUCGUCCAACAAGACCAACUCAAGCACCUCUCCAACUGUUGAGACAGCUCCAGUCAUCUCAGAGGAGGCAGCGAGACUAGACCUCCUUAGAAAGAUCAGCAUUGGCUCCGGCCAAGAUGGAGGCUCUGAUGGAUGCCUAAAGAGCUACAGCACAGCCUCUACUGGAAAUUCACACUCUGUGGAAACUCACACAGGUGGCGUCGGUCAUUUCCGUCAGAGCUCCCCCAGCAUGGCGGUUAGGGUUACCCCAUUCAACUACAUACCCAGCCCCAUGGCUUGCUGCCUGCAAGACACACAGAGCCAAGAAACAACAAUCAAUGAGAAGUCAUGUGAUAAAUCUGAAGCGCAGUAGCUACCACGUAGUACCGUAUGUACUUCUGUACAUUUGAGAUGAAUAAAAUCCUACUGUGUUCCUGAUUGAUACUAACACUCAGAUGGCUUAGUUGUGAAUAUCAAUCAUUUUACCUCGGGUAUUGAACCUUUUUUUUCCUCACUGCAUCAGAAAUAUGUCUUCAAAAAAGAACACUUGUCAUGUCAAAUCAUCUGAUCCCACAUGCCAUUCAUACAAGUUGGAUGUAUGCAUAAGACAAGACUUCAAUGGAUAGACUAACACUAUCCUUUAGAGAGGAGUGACGGGGAAUAGCCUAUUCUCUUACAAAAUAACAUUUUUGUACUUUUUGUAUUUGUAUAUAUAUCAUUGCCUGUUAGAAAAGUAGUGUAGACAUGACAACAUACAAAAAAAGAAAAUUGUAUGUGGAUUCCAAGACAUACAGUACCAUCAUCAAAAUGAAGGAAGUACCAUUAAUGAAAAACAAUAUGCAAAUUAUUGAGUGAAAACCCGGCUGGAAGAGUUUGUGUUUUUGGAAAGGUACUACUGUGUUUCCAAACUAAUUUGAGAAAGACCAUUGAAAUACAUCAAAAUAAGGACAUCAUCUCAUGUACAGUAUUUCUUAUGUACUCACAUGUCACUGCUUCGCCUUCACCACACUACUCACUACUGAGAAUACAACACUGUUAGCAUUCACUUUUGAACCACUGCAGGAAUUAUUAUUGCUAAUAGUUAACCUUAAACAAUCAGCACUGCUGGAACUCUGUGUUAUCUGUAUUCUGUCUUUAAAGUAGUAUUUAAAUGCGUGCAGGCAUACGGUAGAACUAUAAGCUUCCCAGUGAGCAAAAACAACUCUGUGUUGCUCCUUACAGCAUGUUAAAUACACCUGUAUUACACCUCUUAAUAUUGUGGAUGUUGGACUAAAAUCAACUUCUCAGUGGUAUUCUUCAUUAUUUAAAAAGUUCAACAAAAAAUAUCCAGUAAACAUGCAUUUCUAGUCCAUCUGCAAUCUGGAUCAAGUGGCAAUGAAGUAACGUCAUGCUCAUUGAUGCUCGUUGUACAUGAACAGGCUAAAUGACUUGACUGUAUUUCAACUUAAUAGCUGUAAAUGCCUUUGUCUAUUGAAUGCUAUAACAUAUUUGUGUUUGCCUCUAGAAUCAGUUAUACUUAAAGUAAUCACAGGCAGGUAAAAGAUGGUGUUAAGGUGGCUGAUGGUCACUAAGAGAGAAACAACUGUUGGGUUUUACAGACGUGUACUCUUACAGAAAUUAUUCUGUAUAACUAUUUACAGAAAUGUGUUAAUAUUUGCUUAAACGUCUUGCUGCCAGUAGUGAUAGGUCAAAGAACUCAAGCAUUAGAAAUUAAAAUUAAUAUUCUCUGUAGUUGUAACAUCACCUGUUCAUAUGUUCUCUGGUCAUAUGUUCUCUGAGAGAUGUAACCAAGACAAAAGUGCUUGACAAAAAUGAAACUAAUCUUGCUUGAUCUCCAUGACAUUUAAGGGCUGUUUAUUCUCAUUAAAUGUGCAGUGUUGAAUUGUGUCAACAAGUAACAUUUCCAUGUUUUACUCGUGUUUUCAGUAAUGCAAUGAACCAAGUCUCUUUGUCACACAAACAUUGUCACAUAAUGGCCAUUGAUAAUGUAUAAACAGCCCUUAAAGACAAAUAGUGAGUGUGCAGUAUGAAGGAAAGUUUUGUCAAAGACGAAGACAUUAUCUUUGAAAGUUUUGUCAAGAUCCUUACAACUGAAGUGUUGUAUAUGCUAUGUUACGAUUAAAAUGUCCAAGGUCAUCCACCAUGAAUGUCAUAUUCUUUGUUUACACCUGGCAUUACAUUACUUCAAGUUAUAUUCAGUGCUUGGAAGCGCCAGAAUGAUUUGCAAACUGGUUGUGAACGAGUCUAAUGAAAUCACCUCCAAAGUUGGAACAUAAAAGCUGAUUUGCAUCGGCCAUGACUUGGAACUGGACUACUGUAGCAGUUUCCUGUGAAGAUAACUGUCAUUUUGAUAUUACCCACUUUGCUACAACUAGAAUAAAUGAAGUUGGACAACUGGGUGAAGGGAAGGAGGAUUUUAACAGAUCAGAUAUGGGGGACAAGAAAUCUCAUGCCAGGUGUGAACAGAGCCAUAGGCAACAAAUGGUACAAUGUGAUAUAGGCCAAGGAAUGAAAGUCAUCAUAAUAAAUGUUCUCAUCAAA